AUGUUUGGAAUAGGCUUUCUAACUAGCGAAAUCCUUCAAGAACUAGGGCUUUGGCACAAGCGACCGAUGCGUGCCCUACCGUGGGACCCACUUGGAUCUAACCAUCCUCUAAGGUGCAAAGAAGACGUACGACCGAUAUUUUGGAGUGCCCGACCGAAGAGUUACAUCUAUCGAACUAGGGAUUGGGACGAUUUCCCCAAUGGACGAUGGGGUAACAGUUCAUCACCAGCGUUUGGUGAUUUGCAGGAUUAUUAUCUUUUCCACUUGAAGGCACAAACUAAAAAGGAGGAUCUUCUGAAGAUGUAUGGUGAAGAAAUUAACAGCUUUGACGACGUGAAGAAAGUGUUCGUGAACUUCAUCUCUCAAGGACCGAACGAUCGAGGGGUCAAGGUGACAAGUCUACCAUGGAAUGAACAAGAGAGCGGUGUACAGGCAGAGACGAAGCUGAUCAACGAGCAACUACUGUGGUGCAACCAGAAUGGUAUUCUUACGGUGAACAGUCAGCCGUCGGUCAAUGGAGCACCGUCUACGGAUCCUCUUGUUGGAUGGGGGAAACCAGGUGGUUAUUGUUAUCAGAAGGCAUACCUCGAAUGUUUCAUCAGCAAAGAGAAUGCAAAAUCGCUCCUGGAGAUUGUCGACGAUUACUAUCCGCGAGUCAACUAUCAUCUCAUCAAUCAUGACGGAAGUUUCGAUCGCAUGAAUGGUGAACAGACAACACCAAUCGCUGUAACGUGGGGUGUAUUCCCGGGAGCUGAAAUCGCCCAACCAACGGUUGUGGAUCCUCUGGCGUUCCGUGCAUGGAAAGACGAAGCGUACGAUGCUUGGAUCAAGAAUUGGGCUACGAUCUACCCGAAAGACUCGGUAUCCCGCAAGAUUAUUCAGAAAAUACAUGACGAAUUCUAUUUACUGAACUUAGUGGACAAUGAUUUCCAAAAGCCUGUAAUUAUCUACGAAGUACUUGAGAAAAUGAUAAAAAGAACGAAAGAAACAACUAACCCUACUACAUAA